GAUCUGACAACUCUGCACAUCCACAUCAGCUGAUUUCUCGAUCGCUCUCUCCGUUUUCUGUUGUUAUUUAAUUGAUAAACUUGUUGCGGGGGGCCACUCUCCAGAUAACCCCCCACUUUUAAACUAAUAAAUAUUUCGCAAUGGUGCAACUAACUAAAAUCCUCAGGAUGGCGUGUCAAAACCAGAAUGCCGCCAACUUUUUGAGCAACGGCAAGAAGAUUGUGGGGGUGGCUCUCAAUUACAUGGACGUUGUGAAGGCCAAGAACGUUCCCGUGCCCAAGGAGCCGCUCGUCUUCCUCAAGCCCACAUCUUCGUACCUCCAGGAGGGUCAGCCCAUUGUGUUACCCAAAGUCUUUACCAAGGUGGCAUAUGAAGUGGAACUAGGCGUGGUGAUUGGAAAGACCUGUAAGAACGUAUCCAAGGCAGAUGCCAUGAGCUAUGUGGCAGGAUACUGCCUGGCUUUGGAUCUAACGGCGCAGUGCAAUUUGGGAGCAGCUCGGGCGGCCGGUCAUCCGUGGAGCUUGGGCAAGGGAUUUGACACUUCUACGCCCGUGUCCCAGUUCAUACCCCUCGAAAAAGUGACGGACCCGCACAACCUGCCGCUUUGGCUCACCGUCAAUGGAGACCUUAAGCAAAACGGGUGCACUGCAGACUUAAUAUUCAAGGUGCCCGACAUCAUUUCCUACGUGUCCAAGUACAUGACCCUAGAGGCCAACGAUCUGAUCCUUACCGGAACGCCAAAUGGUGCCGAAGUGUUCGAGGCAGGCGAUGUAAUUCAGUGCGGAAUGGCCGAUCUCGCUAAAUUGACCUUCCAAGUGGAGGCUGAAUAAAUGAAAAAGUUAAUGUUGAUGCUAUAUUCGGAUAUAA